AGUUCCCACACUGAGCUCACACACUGCAGGGUACAAAUCUUCCCCGCGCAGGUAGGGACUGCGCCCCGCCCCUGAUCACGUGGGACCAAGUCCGCAGGCUGUCGAUUGUUUCUGCCUGGGCAGGCCCGCCGGGAUCGAUUGCUCCAGUCUGGCCCAUCCGCAGAGCGGGAAAAUUUUCAGUCAGCCUGGCGGCCACAGCAAACCUCCACACUCUUCACAACCUUGACCAGCAUCCGCUUUUUCAGGCUUUUCUAUCUCGGACUCCCGGCACCACACGAGUGGAAGCGAAGAAGUUCAAGCCGCCGCCGCCAUGUCUGAGGCUUAUUUCCGGAUAGAGUCGGGGGCGCUGGGGCCUGAGGAGAACUUUCUAUCCUUGGACGACAUCCUGAUGUCCCACGAGAAGCUCCCCGUGCGCACAGAGACCCCCAUGCCUCGCCUCGGCGCUUUCUUCCUGGAGCGGAGCGGAGGUCCGGAGACUGACCACGCGAUCCCUCAGGGCUCAAAGCUUGAACUCCCCUUGUGGCUGGCAAAAGGACUUUUUGACAACAAGCGGCGGAUCCUUUCUGUGGAACUCCCCAAGAUCUACCAACAAGGUUGGAGGACGGUGUUCAGUGCCGACGCCAAUGUGGUGGACCUCCACAAGCUGGGGCCACAUUUCUAUGGGUUUGGCUCCCAGCUGCUGCAUUUCGACAGUCCAGAGAAUGCAGACAUUUCCCAGUCUCUCCUGCAGACAUUCAUUGGACGUUUUCGCCGCAUCAUGGACUCCUCCCAGAACGCUUACAAUGAAGACACUUCAGCACUGGUAGCCAGGCUGGACGAGAUGGAGAGGGGCUUGUUUCAAACAGGACAGAAAGGACUGAAUGACUUCCAGUGUUGGGAGAAGGGGCAGGCUUCUCAGAUCACAGCCUCCAGCCUCGUUCAGAACUAUAAGAAGAGAAAACUGACUGACAUGGACAACUGAAGGCCAGAAGAACACAGAAGUGCUCCUGGUGGAGGGAACCACUCUGUGUGUCCUUGAUAGGAGCCUCGCUGACCUUCUAUAGGACCAGAACCGUGUCCCAUGUCAUGGCUUAUUUCCUGCAGCAGUCCGUGUGGGAAAGGAUGUGCUGUAGGAGGUCCUUGACCUAUGAGGCAUAUGAGACUAUCCCAACCUGCUGACCCACAGCCCAGGCCUACUUAAACCAUGAACCCCCAGCUGGAGAGAAACCAAAGUCCCUUAUAAAGAAGGAUGGUUAAUACAUGCAUCAUAGUACAGUUGGAACUGGGAUCCCUUGUGCCUGGGAGUGUAAUAACCUCCAAUGUCCAGUUUCACUAGCUCCAAAGGACAGGUACAAAUGGGCCGUCUUCGCCUGCUCACAAAUGUUCACGUGAGCGUAACUGCUGCUCCAUCUUCCUCAUGGGUGCUCAGAGGACAGCAGGCAGCCCCAGGAUGUC